GCGAUCAAACGUACACGGUUUGGGUUUUGUUUCCUCUUAGCCACCAAACGACUCCCCAAUAGGAUGCGGUAAUGUCAGUAAAGUGAAACGAAAGACGUGGGAAUCCAUGACACAAGCCCUUGGCCUUGGUGAUCAAGGAAGAGCCUGAAAUGCACAGUCGACUCUCAAUCACAUAAAAUCUGUCUAUGUGGCGGUAUAUCAAAUUUCACGACCCCAUAUGACUAUCACUUCGCAGGACCUUGAUUUGAAUGCAGCCUCAAUCGGACAUAGCAGAACAAAAUGCGCGUUGUCCGUCCUUGCUCGUUACUCUCAGCAGCAGCUUUACCACUGGGGUAUGCGUUGCAGGCAGAUCCUAGCAGGAAUACUUGCCCGUGGAGCGGGGUUUCCCCGGAUUUUGGACGGUUUAUGCAAUUUCCCAUGGAUAUCAUGGAAUUCCCAGAUGACGUACAGGACCCUGGAAGCUUUUACGCCAAUAGUGGUAUCAGCAGUCUGGAGCGCAAUACGUGGAGGACUUCUCCUGAUUGCUUCGAAGAAUAUUGCGUUUAUACGAGUGAUGGUUUCUUCGACAAAGGGAUAUCAUUGAUCACGACUGCUUCAAACCAUGCCCGUGUGGCACAUAUUCAACCCCCCCAGAAAGGGUCGACAUCACAUCAGGAAAAGACCCGCAUUGCCAAUAUCCCAGGCAAAGGGAAAGGGUUGGUGGCGACUAGAAUGAUUCACAGAGGCGACAGAAUCAUGACUACCAGUCCUGCUCUUCUGGUACAUCGAAAUGCCUUUAGAGAGCUUUCGCUUGAGGACAUCAACUACUUGAUGGAUGUGGCAGUCAACAACUUGCCGAAGUCCAGAAAAGAAAGUUACAUGUCCCAAGCCGGCUCCCGCAAGAUCAUUGACAUCUUGUUUACGAACUCUUUUCAGGUGACUCUUGGUGGAAAUGAUGGAUUUCACUAUGGAAAUUACCCCGAGGUGUCAAUAUUAAAUCAUGAUUGCCGUCCAAAUAUGGCUUUCUAUGUUGAUAACAACCUGACGCAUCAUACGCAUGCUGUUAGAGACAUCAAACCUGGAGAAGAGCUCACCAUCUCGUAUGUGGACACUUUACAGAUUCGAUCGGCGCGCCAGGAGAGAUUGCGAAACUCGCUCGGCUUCUCCUGUGCCUGUUCCAGUUGUACGCUGUCUAAGGAGGAGUCAAACGCUUCAGACAAUCGGAUACGGGCGAUUUCUCGAAUUGAAAGUGAGCUAUCCGAUUUCAAUAGUAAAACAACUUCACCGGCUAUGAUCGAAGAGUAUCUGUCCUUGUAUAGAACAGAGGGCCUGGAUAAUAGCAUUGCGGGGGCGUAUACUCUUGCCGCACUCAACUACAAUUUCUUUGGAAAUGCGAAGUUGGCGGAGAAAUAUGCUCAGUUGUCUGUCGAGGCAGGUCAACUCGAGAACGGCCCCGACGCGGGCGAUGUUCGAGAAAUGAUUAUUUUGGCUAAGAAUCCAAAGUCACACUGGUCCUGGAACGUGAAGCCUUACCGGCUUUAAUAUCGUUCUUGCUGCCCUCAUAACAAGCAUAAAUCGGGACCGCAUCCUACACGAGAGCCAUCGUCAUUGGAUGCUUUACGGAAAUCAUGGGAGACUUCACGUAGCUGGCCGAAAUUACUGGCGUGACGGGUAGUACACCAUUUAGCGACUGAUUGUCACGAUGCCAAUGGUACACAGCAUGGUGUCUCCAUACCGCGGCAGAACCUGACAGAGGCUGAUCAGUCAGUACCUAGGUAUGCUUAUGGGAGCUACCGUCAUUUUUUGAGCAGGAUUUGUACAAACUACAUGUUCGGUUUCUGUGAAGGCAGAUUCGCCUCAAGGCAACUAUGCUAAGGUCGAAGUCUUUAAGGGAUAUAGCUCAAGUGACCAGGCCGAGUGAUUUGCACUCAAUGUAUGGUGCAUCGCAGCCAUAGGCAGAUUGUACAGCCUGAUGAUUGGAAAAUGCCUUCACAAGCUAUCUCAUGUACCAUGGUGACUAGGUAUUAAACAAGCGAGCCAAGCAAAAGCAGGCUGAGGAUUGUUUCAGCAUUUUCAGCACAUGUCAGGUCAGUAGACAUGAUGAUGCCAAGUCUCGGGCCCCGUGCCUUUGCCUCAGCAGAUUUCUACUAGGAUGUACUACGUACUGUGUAGGUACCUAUCUAAGGUAUUACACGUCCCUGUCAAGGCCUGUCUCGCCUGUCUGCUGCGUCGCGGCUCAAGCCACAGGUGAUACACGGGCGCUACGGCUUUAGUGACCCCUCAACA